AUGAAAAAUUCCAUCCAACAAGCUGAAGAGAAUGGUGUUGAGCUGACAGUAUCGCAAGUGAAAGUGUAUAGCAGAAAAUUGGAAGCUACAUACAGCGAACAUAACGAUCUUCAUCAGCGGAUAAUGAAUAGGAUUGUCCCUGAAAAGCGCGAGGAACAGGAUGCCGAGUAUUUUGAGUUCGAGGCGUUACAAGAAGAAAUUUGUGUUUUUCUCGAGGAGUGUUUGGAAAAUCUCCCCGCUGCAGUACCAUCACCAGCAAAUCCCACUCAGCAACCGUUGGUUAUCACCCAACCGCUGCCUCGUGCCAUACCGACCUUUGAUGGCAGUUAUACCCAGUGGGAAAAGUUCAAGGUGAUGUUUCGUGAUGUUGUGGACAAAUCCAAUGAGCCACCACGAAUAAAACUAUACCACCUGGAGAAGGCGCUGAUAGGCGAUGCUGCUGGCGGCCAUCUUAGCAAUCCCUUGGGUUUAAUAGAUGCCAGAACUAUCAGCGAUGGCAACUAUGAGCAGGCCUGGAGAAUCCUCGAGGAGCGACUCGAAGACAAGCGCAGAAUGAUCAUCCUUCACAUCGAUGGAUUAUUCGGUGUGCAACAGUUGUCGCAUGAAAGCCAUACCGAGCUACGAUCGUUAGUAGAAUGUGUGUCCAGAAAUGUAGAAAAUUUAAAGUUCUUAGGACAAGAUUUAGCUGGAAUAUCUGAGCAUAUGGUGAUCCAUCUGUUGACACAAGCACUGGAUGACGAAACGAGAAAGCUUUGGGAGACUACUAUCAAACGAGCCGAAAGCAUCGAAAGGAUUAAGCCGUUAAGGAGCUUGAAGUGUGAUUUUUGCGGAAAUAACCAUCAGACAUUCAAAUGUGCUGAUUUUAACCAACUAUCGGAGGAUGAACGCUGCGAAAUGGUGAAGCAGAAUAGUGUGUGCUUCAAUUGUCUGAGACGUGGACAUCGUGUGUUUGACUGUCCAUCUCCCAAAUCAUGUACCAAGUGUCAUCGAAGACAUCACAGCUUGCUACAUCACAACCAAUCUGAGAAACCAAUCAACCCAUUGAGGAGAACUCACGAAAUGACGCCUGUUUCAUCGCCAGUUAUUGGAAUAAUGAAUCCUGUGACAGAGGAUCCAUCGAACAGCCAACCAUCAAGGACGACAGCUCAUUCCGUACAAUCGAUGGGUGAUCCAGUUGCAGUGCUGAGAACACACAAUGCCAUCCUCGACAACACCGAUGUCAAGAAGUCUGGAGAAUCUGCUUCAUCUAUUAAGGAGGAAGCCCGCGAGAGUUAUAGAUUAAAAACUCGUUGCCACACAGCUAAUAGACGACCUAUAACUCAAUUGCCGUCAAGGAACUAUAUCUCCAAACUGAGAAUCCCGCGAUUCAUACCUCCUCAGAGAUUUUCGAGGCCCAAGUCGAAACAGGACUACCAACCAUAUUUGAAAGCACCAUACCAUCAAAACCGUUCGUUCGCAUAUCGCCUAGAGUCAAGCGAGUCUAAAGAUCCUCUGGAUUUCACGAACUGCAAGUGCAGAUGCCAUCAACACAGCAUAUUCCGGCCGGGGAGUAUGUUCAGUCCCUGAAGAGAUAAUCGAAAUUCCAUCGCAACCCCCACCCCUAUGUUAUUCUCCUGCCAGCUGAGAGAGCAGCCUAGCAACGAUGAGAGGCAGUAUUUUUCCAACCGCAAAGCAGCAAACAACAAAAAAAGAGUGAGGCAGAACGUGAACGUGUUGAAACGUGUUUUUUCCCAACCAAACAUCUAGAGUUAGAGUUUAGAAUCCUGUCAAAGGUGAAAUAAAGGAGAUCGUAUGUUUUUAUGCUGCAAACCUGUCGCAUAGUGUUUUUCUUUGUGUGAAAGCUUAUUUCCAAGAGUGUUUCCGCUGUGAACUUUAUGUUCAAGCGUCCAUUGGCACGUUUCCCCCAGUGAAACGGUGCAUCAU